UAUAAGCACAACGCGGAGGGCAGAGCGGGAUAUUUCAUCAGAUCACCGCAUUGUACAUCUUCUUCCUUUUCUGACAUCUCUGCCCUUAAAACUAAAGUAAACAAGACAAGACUUAAAGGUUUAAUCUGCGGCAAAGAAACUCUCUGACCACACAGCUGCUACUUCCUGCUCAUCAGAGUCUGCGACGCCCACGACAAAGCGGCCCGAUAUCAAACUGGUGCUUAGAUUACCUCCACCAUCUGCCUGCAGCACUCUCUUCGUCCAGUCCUAGCCGUGUCAAUCACCCGCCCGCGCACAUCUCUUUAAAAAAACAAAACACUGCUUAAAAGCCCACUCAGUCACAGCAAACAUGGUGAGCAAGCUGUCUGCAUUCGGUAAGACUCUCCUCCGACGUCGGUUGUUGGACUGUUCCGGAGAAGAGACCCGGUUCGCCCGAUGCCUGUCCACGUUAGACCUCAUUGCACUCGGGGUGGGGGCAACAUUAGGGGCUGGGGUCUACGUCCUGGCUGGAGAAGUGGCCCGGGAAAAGGCAGGGCCAGCCAUAGUCCUGUGUUUCCUCAUCGCGGCAUUGUCCUCCAUGUUGGCCGGACUGUGCUACGCGGAGUUCGGAGCGCGGGUCCCCAAAACGGGCUCAGCCUAUCUGUACAGCUACGUCACAGUGGGAGAGAUAUGGGCCUUCAUCACAGGGUGGAACCUCAUCCUCUCAUAUGUCAUAGGUACAGCCAGUGUGGCGCGGGCGUGGAGCUCCACCUUUGAUAACCUGGUGGAGCAGAAGAUCUCCGGGUUCUUCAAAGCCUCGAUGGCCAUGAAGGUCCCGGGACAGGUGCUGGCCGAGUAUCCUGACCUGUUUGCUCUCAUCUUGGUCCUGCUGCUGACAGGCCUUCUUGCGUUUGGUGUGAGUGAGUCUGCAUUGGUGAACAAGAUCUUCACGGGGAUAAAUCUGGUGGUCCUGGGUUUUGUUAUCAUCUCCGGUUUCGUGAAGGGCGACCCGGCGAACUGGAGUCUAACUGUGGAGGACUACAUUCGCUUCAGGAACGACACCAACAGCAGCGGCUCUAUCAAAGUUGAGGAGGAGUUUGGCGUAGGCGGCUUUGCUCCGUUCGGCGUGAGUGGAGUUCUCUCUGGAGCUGCCACCUGCUUCUAUGCUUUUGUGGGCUUUGACUGCAUUGCAACCACAAGUGAAGAAGCGAAGAACCCAAUGCGUUCCAUCCCUAUUGGCAUUGUCGCGGCUCUGCUCAUCUGUUUCAUCGCGUAUUUUGGCGUUUCGGCUGCUCUGACCCUCAUGAUGCCGUACUUCCAGCUCAACACUCAGAGUCCUCUCCCUGAAGCCUUCUCCUACGUGGGAUGGUCCCCGGCUCGGUACAUCGUGGCCGUGGGGUCCCUCUGUGCCCUGUCCACAAGUCUGCUGGGUUCCAUGUUCCCCAUGCCUCGUGUCAUCUAUGCCAUGGCUGAGGACGGUCUGCUGUUUCGGUCCCUGUCCCGAAUGAACGAAAGGACCAAGACCCCCCUCCUGGCCACCAUCGUUUCUGGAGUCAUUGCAUCUUUGAUGGCCUUCCUCUUUGACUUGGCUGCCCUGGUUGACCUCAUGUCCAUUGGAACUCUUUUGGCUUAUUCUUUGGUUGCCAUCUGUGUCCUUAUCCUCAGGUACCAGCCAGGUACGCUGAACUCACCCAGUCAGAUGGAGAAGCUGGUGGAGAUGGUGGGAGGGGAGAAGGUGGCGGUGAGCGGAGGCGACAGCAGUGAUGAGUACGGCACAGACGAGGCUGACGAGAGGCCGCUCAAAGAGACCUUCACCCUCAAACUGCUCUUUGUGCCAAGCUCCAAAAACCCAACACAUAUCUCUGGAAAUAUCGUCUACUGUACGACUGCUAUUGUCUCCAUUUUUAUCACAGUACUGUGCGCGUUGCUGGCUAAUUUCCCGAGCGAGUUGUUGAGUGUUCAUCCUGGGGUGCUGGUGCCUGUCAUUCUUUUGGCUGUGCUCUGUGUGCUCUGCUUCAUCAUCAUCUGUCGACAGCCAGAGAGCAAAGAAGCACUCACUUUCAAGGUCCCUUUCCUCCCCUGGCUCCCUCUGUUGAGCGUCUUUGUGAACAUCUAUCUUAUGAUGCAGCUUGACAUGGGGACAUGGCUGCGGUUCGCUGUUUGGAUGGCCAUUGGUUUUGCCAUCUACUUUUUCUAUGGCAUCAGGAACAGCAGCGAAGCUUCAAGUCGGUCUUCUCCACGCAAAUAUGAACCGGCCCAAACCAAGGCCCCCAUCUACACCGGGGCUCCAGACGACAGUGACGUAGAAGGGGCCAACACUGCGUGACACCAUGGACUCAAAUCAUAACCCGGGCACCAUUUCAGCAAAGUCUAAAAUGCCCUGUGCACAGUUUAUACCUCUCUGACGUGAGGCACUGGCCGUGGGAGGUUUGCGGUCAAUGUGAGUUAUAUGGUGAGUUAGCCUUAGCCUGUUGCUAAUAAACGAACAAUGGACUUAAUUAACAAGACAUUUCCACGCUACGCUUACAACUGGAACAAUGUUACAUAUUAUCAGCAAUCUACAUGUAUGUGCUUCUUGGGCUAGACCAGUGGUUCUUAAACCUUUUGACAGGUAAAAGUAGUUGGAAUUACAAAAAACUGCCUGAAAUGGGCAAAUCAAAAAGAGAAUCAAGACUAAAAGCGGAACAGGCUUCAUUUAAAGGCAUUAGGCAAGGCAAGUUUGUUUGUACAGUACAAUUCAUAAUUCAAAGUACUUUACAGAACAGGAAAGUGUAUAAAGCACUAUAUAAGUGGACUUUUUCAGACCUAAACCAGGUCCAGACCAGUAUUAAACUAGAGCUGCACCAAAUCAAAACCAAGUAAACCAGGACCAAAGACAAAAUAAAGUUAAACGAAGCCUCAAGUUCUAAACCAGGUCUAAACCAGAACCAAAUCUUACAUGUUGUACAGUUUGAGAACCACUGAAGCAGGGGGAUUUUCCGCCUAUUAGGACACUUGAAUUUAACUGUGUGUGUGUGUGUGCGCUUUAGGCCUGUGUGCUUAUUGUUACAGCCUGUUGAAAUAUGUGCAAAAAACAGGGUAGUGCUAAACAUGUUGUUUACAGUCCGUUUGUUCCGGGUCAGUGGCACUUCUUGACGUCAUGUUGGCUCUGUAAACCAUAACUCCCACAAAACAGCCGUCCACAACAUGCAUUAACUGAUUUUUAAUAACAUAAGUAUUUUAUUAUUUACAUUUGGACACAAAGUGAAAAAUUUGGCCUUUAUUUAUGUAAACCUGACAUGUUUCACUGCGUCGUAAAGAGCAUUUAAAGGUAUAGCAUGCUGGAUUUCCUGUUUCUUUUUAGACUGAAAUGUAUUAUCUAUCCCUGUAGCAGUGGGUACUAAAUUAUUUAGUGUCUUCAAUAUUUCUUAACUACUGCCUUAAUUUGCCUCUUUCUAUUUAUGUAUUUAAACAAGAAUCUCAAAAACCCCAAAGAUUAUUUAAUCUUCUUAAUUUGUAGACUUUGACCCAACACUUGAGAUCCCAGGUUUAAUGUACAAUGUCAGGUCAACAGCCACCAUUUUACUCUUUUGUUUACCAAUGAGGGCCACUUUUGGGUGUGUAGCUUUCAGCCAAUCACAACUCACUGGAAAAAACACUGCUAAACCUCUAAAGGAAACAGGGCAUAGGGCCAAGAAUUACCUAAAACAAAUAUCCUGCAUUUUAUAUUGUUAAAUGUUCUAUAGAUAUCCUUUUUAAGGAGCAUCACUAUCAAAUGUGAAUUAUUUCUAAUUGUCAGUGAAGAUCUGCUGCAGAAUAAUUUAUUCUGCUUAUUCAUUUGUUCUGGCCGAUCUCCAAAUAUCCACAGAUUUGACGAGAUUUGCACUUGUGAAACACUCAAAAUCACAAUCUGAACCUAACUGUUAUACAAUUUGUUUCCAUCAGAAGUGAAAUGGGGCCUGUGUCUACAGCUUAACUAACAUAGUUUUGUCUUCUGCUGAAUUUUAUUCUUGUGAGAGGAUGUAUCUUUUCACAAAUGUCUUUAGUUUCAAUGGAAACGUGUCUCUGGCAGCUUCGUCUGUUGAGCUCACAAUAUUUUCUAUUAGUACAUGUACAUUUACUCUUUGUUAGAAUUGUUAAUAUUUAAAUGUUUGUACAAUUUUUGGGACUCGGUUUUCUUUGCUUGUCAAUCACUAGACAAUAUGUAUUUUAUGUUACAUAUUAGUGCUUUGGACUAUAAUGAACUUAAAUGAAAUAACUGUAUUUUUGUGAUUUUUCUCUGACCAAAUGAACAUGUUUUGGAUAUUUUUUUCCAAAACAAAAAUGACUGCUAAACCCAGUCUCUAAAUUCUUGUAAUUUUUUAUUUUAUUUUUGUAACAUUUUGUCCCUAUGCUGGGGCAAAAUGAAAUAUUGUUUAUAGCUUUGGUGACUUUAUUGAAGUAAUUUUAGUCUGUACAUUGUUAGUGUUUAACUGUAUUUUUUGUAUUUUAAAUUAUAACUUUAUGAUUUGGCUUUUGUACAUUAAUUUCUCUUACACUGAAAUAUUGCUGCUGUAAGUAAAAAAAAUCUACUUAUUUUGAGGAAGAAUUUGAAUACAUCCACUGUUACAGACAUUUUUUUUUGGAAAUUGUGCCUAAAUAACCAUGUCUUACUUUGGGUCUUGGGCAGGUCAAGCUAUGGAGAAUCGUCUAGUUUUGAGAUGUCAACAAAAUGUGUUUCAUUUUAUAUCUAAAAAGUAACUUGAAUCCUGCCCUCAGCCUCCUCCAUAUUCAGUGCGAUAUCAUCCCCUCUUUGCUGUGGCAUCAGCAGCAAUUGAACUACUUUUGUCUGUUUUAUAUCAUGUAAAUAUGGCCGUCAUGUAAAAAUAAACUGUAUUUUCAAUGUUUUUUUAAAUAAAUAAAAUGAUUCAUCCUUACAA